AUGAAGGACAAUGUCCCGCGCUUCUCGAGCUUCCAACCUCCACCCCCACCUCCUCCGGAUGCCCCCACCGGCAGGGAACACCGCCGGCGCCAUCGCCGGCGCGCAAGUCACAUUGGGUCUCCGCAGCCUCAGCACAGCCGCCGAGAUGAUCGCCCCUCCAAGCCGGUAAAAGAUACCGACGUUGAUAAACUCGAUGAAAACGUCGAUUGGGUUGUCGAUACACGAGGUGAUCGACAAAAUCUCGUGUACGGCACGACACAUCGUUAUGCUGUCCCGAACUAUCGUCGUGUUGGUGGCGGGCUCGUGAUGGGUGCUCCUGGCAAGCGCAUCGAACUUGCAACCCGGGACAGUGAUACCUUGGUCCUCCGCUCUGACUCUGGGGUGUCCGCCCCUAAGCUCCUCUCCUCCGCCAAGCUACCUCCAUUGUCUGAUUCUCUCGUGUUUCGCACACGCCCCGACACAGCUUCAGGAAUCACAGACCAAAGCGACUUUGUCUCACUCGAAAAUCCACCUCGGAGACCAUCUGCAGGUGACAUUGAGGCCACUGAUGAGAGUAGGUCGUAUCGCUCCAUUCUUGGCCCCAGCAAGUCCGAGGAGGAUGUCAUCACGGAUGACUACAAUGGCGAUCAUUUCACGCGAGCUGCUUUGGAGGAGGAGAUCCUGAAUCGCAACACUGAGUUGAGUCGCCACACCGAGCGUGAGCCGGAAAAUGUAACUGCCUGGCUCCAUCUCGCUGAGCAUCAAGAGCGCAUCAUUGUUCCGACGAGAUACCACGAUCAGCCUUUCAAUUAUGGCGAAACAAAGCUUGUCGCAGAGGCUAAGCUCUCAGUUUAUGAACGAGCCUUGAAAGUGAAUCGUGAGAAUCCCAUGCGCGAUCACCUUCUGCUCGCUCGCAUGGAAGAGGGUGCGAAGGUUUGGGACUCUAACAAGCUUUCUAAGGAGUGGGAAGCAAUCCUAAGUCAUAAUUCUGAGUUUAUCAGCCUAUGGGUUGAGUAUCUGAACUUCUGUCAGACAGAUUUCGAUAAUUUCGACUUCGAUCGUUGUUUCACCUCCUACGUGUACUGCCUGAAACUCCAUUCAAACGUUGGUUUUGGCCUUCAUAACAAUCACAUUCAGACGUAUAUCUUUCUGCGCCUGACACUGUUUCUCCGAGAAGCAGGGUUUUUGGAACUAGCCGUUGGUUUAUGGCAAGCGCUGCUCGAGUUUACGUGCUUUCGACCCUCUCAUCUUUCUGACAAGGCAAAGGCAUUAGAGGAGUUCCAAGUGUUCUGGGACUCUGAUAUUCCGCGGAUCGGGGAGCCAAACGCCAAGGGCUGGCGAAAUGGUCCUUCCUUGGCUACCGGGCUUGAAGACUCAACUGAUGACUUUCAAGCUGCCCUGCCAAACUUGUUUUCAACCUGGGCAUCUGCAGAAAGAAAAAGCAUCGCAAGGAGUCGCAUGCCUACACGCAGCCUCAAUUCAUCCAAAGAGGACGAAGCUUUCCGAGUAGUCCUUGUCGAAGAUUGCAAGCAGAUACUGCCGUACUUCUGGGGUUUCAAAGACAAUAUGGACGAUAUCAUUGAUGGAUUCCUAUCUUUCUGCCAUUUGCCUCAUCUGACCGUCCCUGAAAACAUGCUAACAACACGGUUGUGGAGCGGCGACAAUUUCCUACGAAAUGAAUUCAUGGACAAUCCUCGAAGCACACUUGAUGAUUGGAUCAUCCCUCAGCUAAAUGCUGAAACGGCUUCAAUCGCGCCCUUUGCUUUCCCUCAUCACAAUUUUCUUCACGCCACGGAGACGCUAUUUGCGGAUCCGAAAUUGUGGUUUUCGGCUCUGGAGAAAUGGGGUGCGACAACUACCAGUGACACCUCACUGAUUGAUCCCGCAUUUGUACGUUCGACUCUUCAUGUUCUAGUGGACGAAUUUCCGGAAGAUGAUCAAUUGGCCGAAUAUUCCAUCGCUGUGUAUUUUGCAUGUGACAAAACCAUGGGCAAAAAGUAUGGCAAGCAACUGCUGAAACAACGAUCGUCGAAAUUGAGACUUUACAAUGCUGUUGCGCUGAUGCACUGGCGAACAAGUCAUCGUGAUGUGGCUCAUAGCAUCUGGUCAACCGCUUUGUCGAUGAGCAAAACGUUCGAGGAGGCCGAACGUAUCGACUCUAUUCUUCUCUGGAAUUCCUGGAUAUGGGAGAUGCUACAUGAGCGGGACAUGUUCCGUGUAGGGUAUCUGUUGCAAGCUAUACAGUAUCAAAAGGUUGAGAUGUUCUCAUACGACACCGCCGAUGAAAGCGAACUCAAUGCGACUAAGUUUCUACGAAUUCAUCAAUUCUUGCUGGCGGGGCAACACUAUGCCCUUGCGCACAGAAAGCCUCAGACAUUUGCGGCUUACGCUGAUUGUCUUGCGAUCCUCCGUUUCUUCGUAGGUCAAUCACUAGAACAGGUCCUAGAUGUCUACGAGGAGGCCGGUUCUCAUUCUAUGACUCUUCCCCAAAGCGAAGAAACCACCAAGGUUUUUGCCGCGGAGCUUCUUCACCAAGCUCGCACGAGAAUCAUUUACUACUAUGUGGAGAAUCGAACCGGGCAAUUUAAACCUGCUGAGGUCCGCGAGAGACUUCUGAACAGCCUGCAGCUCUGGCCUCAUAACACCAUGUUUUUGUCACUGUUCAAAUGGAAUGAUGCUCGCUUGCGCCUCAUGGAUCGUACUCGCGACAUCCUCGAUAUUGCUCGUCUAGCGGAGAGCGGCGCCUCCUAUGAGAGUAAUGGGCCUACUCAGAUACACCGUGUCCCAAUUACAACUCACCUGUUGAGUAUUUACACCGAGAUCGGGCGCCCUCUCGUUUUCGGCUCAACUGCCCACUCUAUUCGUGCGGCGUUCGAAAGAGCACUUGGCAAUGGUUCCACUCCAAUGGGCAAAACGCCCCCCAGACGGGGCCUUUACGAUCUCUCCAGCUCCAGUCGAGCUCAGUCCAACAUUACUGUCUGGAAGCUCUACAUAUUCUUCGAACUGUACACAGAGCACAAUAUCUCUCGUGCUCGAGAAAUCUUCCUGCGCGCUUUCCGCGCGUGCCCCUGGUCUAAGGAGCUUUUUAUGAUCGCCUGUGAGCGCUUGCGUGUCGACACAACAAGCCAGCUCUCUCCGUCUCGGAACAAUAAACAAGAUGAGCCCAACCCUCCAGGAUUUGAUUUUGCCGAGCUCAAGGCCUUGUAUUCAGAUACUCAGAUGCGAGGCAUCAGAAUUCACCACAAUAUCAGCGGAUACUUCUACCCCAAAAAUGAAGAAGGUGGUACUAGCCAGGAAGACCAAUUUUCCGAUGCCUCUGACGAUGAAACCGACCAACCGCCUAAGAAGAUACGCCGACGUAUGAGUCACUGUGGAGAAUUCCACCAUCUUCCUACUGUUGUGGAAGAAGAUUCUCUUCUGGUUGAGAUGGACGCUUAA